CCCAAACCUUCUGAUCGACAACUUGGCUGGAAAUAAAGAGUCCCGUGUCCAACUCAGAAAUAACGAUUUCUACUGUGCAUUUGUCUUGAAAAUGGUGUGACUACUGUCAAGCUCUUGCAUCACUUUUUGCUGUAUAGCAAAACUCUGCAGAGAUCAGGACACAUCCUCCAGAGAUUAUGGAGAAUUCCCCUGAGUUGUAUAUCUCUGAAUUCGGAGAUGAUGAGGAUGAAGAUGAUGAAGAAGUUGACGGGAAUGAUCAAGAGGAAACCAAUAUGCAGGUGGACACAAUGGAGUUAUCUUCCUCAAACCUCCAUGAGGAUCCUGAUCAGGAUGCUGAUAUAGAGUGGAAUUCAUACCCCUGCCAGCACUGUGAGAGACAUUUUACCAGUAAACAAGGCUUAGAACAUCAUAUUCACAUUCAUGCCUUGGCAAACAGCCAGACACACAGAUAUGACUGCAAGAACAAUAAGAAGUCCGUCAUUUCAGAGACAUGUCACCAACGGCAUGAGAAGAGGCAUGGAGAUGCCCCUUUGGGGCCAAGUUACUCAAUAAAUCCAGUUGAUUCUCCAGGUUCUGCCACAGAAACUGGUGGUUUGGACAUUUCUUCAUCCAACAGCUGUUCUGGUACCCCAAUAUUGGCUGGUAAAAACCAAACCAUGACUCAAGAUGAACAUGGUGGAUUUGAAUGGGGUCAUGCUUGCAAGUAUUGUGAAAAGGUUUUUAGUACGCAUACUAAUAAGCGACGGCAUGAGCGCAGGAUCCAUGAGCGGCAUCUCCGACUCAAACGUAUAGAAAGUAGACAAGUGUCCCAGGAGGGAAACCGAGAGGUCAUGUCCAGUACAUCAUCUGAACAGGAAGUGAACUCACAGCUUAGUGACCUCAUAACUGCUGUACCUGUUCAGGAGAAUGAAGGACAACAAGCAGGAAAAUAUAUGCUAGACAUAUCUAGCAAUAUCUCUGAGAACCUCAGCUUUUACAUAGAUGGAAAGAUAGUGUCUACAAGCACAGUCAGCAGCUGUGAAGUAGUUGAGGUUAAUUCUGGGCUUUCCACUCUUGUUGGACUGGAUGCCCUGAUUCUUGACCCCACCCAGAUCAGCCAGUCUCUGAAUGCAGAUUCGAUUACAGGCAAAGAUGUACUGGGUCAACCACUGGCUAAGAGGAGAACUGCAACACCACCUCUUUUACCUCAAAUUAAAACUGAACUGGAGUCAGAGGUGGUUGUGUCUUCAUCCUCAUCAUCACUGGUACCUACUUUGAUAGAAAAUCUCCUUCCUCAGAGUACAGAAUCUACUGUUGUUCAGAAAGAAAGAACUGUAUUUCUGUCUCCUAAGCUGAAACAGCUCCUGGAGAAGCAAGAUGGUCUUAAACCUACGCUUGCUCUCAUUUCUGAGGGUCACAAGCUUGGCUCACCACUCUCCUUGUCUGUCCUGCCUGCUGGGACAGGGCGAUUUAAGAGAAGGACAGGAUCUCCACCCAGCUCUCCACAGCAAAAUCUGACGUGUCAUGUGGAAAAAACAAAACAAGGUACAGGGGAUUCAGAUGCUGUUAGUGCAGUGCAGACUGAAACAGAACACUGCUCACCUCCACACAAAGAAGUACUUGAGAUCGAUAGCACAACUCCACCUCAGCACAGCACAACUCCUGUAGAGGAGCCUACCAAUCACAUCAUGCCAGAGAGUUGGCCCUCAAUAACUGGUGGUAAUGCUUGUAACCAGCAACCACUGGAUCUUUCCAAUGCCUUGAAAAGAAGUGAAGAUGUAGCUCUUGGGGAAGCUGUACUGGACUUGAGUUUGCAAAAAAGGAGCCCAGAUGACCUGGAGCCGACAUCAUGUUUGGUUAUGCAGCCUCCACUGAAGAAAAAGAAGCCAAAUACUUGCAUGUUAGAAAAGGUGUUGAUGAAUGAGUAUGCAAAUGACGUUGGAGAGCAAAGUGUAAAUGUAAGGAAUCCUGAGACCCCUUUAGUUGCAGAUUUUGCCAUAGUUACAGGUUCAGAUAUGGUGACCCCAGUGGAGCCUGUCACAGAAGGACUUGUUUACGGGCUUACGCUUCCCUCCACUUCUCUCACUCCAUCAUCCACCUCUUUAACUCCGGUAGCCCUGCAAUCAGCCUCACCUUGCACUAUAGCACUUGCUGCCCCAGUCUCACAUUCAGUGCUACCAGCUACUUCUUCACUAAUUACAGUUUUGGCACCACCAACUUCUAUUCCUAACCCUUCGAAUCAAGCAAUUCAGGUUUUUGCCCCAAAUAUUGCUCCUGAACCCUUGGUUAUCUGCACAGAAAAUACAUUAAACUCCUCAGAGUGUGAUUUGACUACUGCAUUUACCACUACAAAUCCUUCAAAUUUAGUCACUUAUACCCAACCUCUUGACCCAGCUCUAAAUCUGCCUGGUCAUGUUUUUCUUACUGAUCAGAUUGCUGUCAAUACACCUGUGGUGGAAUCUGCUGUCGGGUCAGAAGUGCCCUUCUCUCCUGCAGUAACUCUAAAUGAUUCCCUCAUCAAUUCUUACAAUAUCAGCAACACUGUUUUGAUAGAGUGCACAAUAGCUCUUGAGGCUCCAGGGAAUAUUGUUCCGACUGCAAUUACCUUACAAGAAAAUACUGCGCCCCCACCACCCUCUCAGAUGGUUGUGAAUCACAUAGAACAGGAAGAGAUUGUAUCAUCACCUGACCCACAAAAUAUUGAUCCCAAUGUUUUAGAGCCCCCCUUGCUAAUAUCUUCCAUUGCAGACUCAGUAACCAUGUCAACGACCUCUGCAGUCCUAUCUGACUGUCCUACAUUGGGUAAAACAAAUCCUGACCCAGAGCCUGUUGUCAGUGAAGAGCAACCACCUCCAAAAGAGAAAGAAAUUGCUGACAAUUCUAUUUCUGCCCCUGAAAGCUCAGUUAAAAUCCCAACCUCUUCUGAACUGACUGAAGUGGUGGAGGAGCCCUCGGAUGAUACACUUAGUGAUGAUGCACAAGAGACUUUCACCAAAAACUUUAUCUGCAAUGUGUGCAGCAAGCUUUUUCAUUCAAUGAAAGAACUCGGCCAUCAUGUAAGUGACCAUGCUGAUGACUGGCCAUAUAAAUGUGAGUUCUGUGUCCUGCUUUUUGGCAAGCCCUCUGCUUUGCUAGAGCACCGUUCAGCCCUCCACGGUGUCGGCAAGACCUAUGUUUGCAGCGCAUGCACAAAAGAAUUUGUCUACCUUUGCAACCUAAAACAUCACCAGGAAGAACUGCAUCCUGGCCAGCAGUGUACAUAUACAGAGGAGGAAAAGGGCAAGCUAAGACCUCAGAACUACAACAAUUCCGCAAAGGUCAACACUGAGAGCUCAGUUCCCUCUGCCCGAGAGGAGUCCAAGAAAUCUGUUAAAAAAGAGGAGGGGGAAGCGGACGCUGCAGCCGAAGAACUGUUUACAACAAUCAAAGUCAUGGCCUCUGAUGGAGGUAAGCUCAAAGAGCCAGAUGUGCGCCUUGGCAUCAAUCAGCACUACCCAAGUUUCAAGCCACCUCCAUUUCCAUACCAUAAUAGAUCACCUGCUGGCUCUGUUGCCUCAGCCACUAACUUUACCACUCACAACAUCCCGCAGACAUUCAGCACGGCUAUCCGUUGCACCAAGUGCGGGAAAAGCUUCGAUAACAUGCCCGAACUGCACAAGCACAUUCUCGCUUGUGCCAAUGCCAGCGACAAAAGGCGCUACACCCCUAAAAAAAAUCCCAUCCCACUUCGCCACUUUGCUAAAGCCCAAAAUGGAGUGCUAUCUUCUACCAAUUCUACUAACGGGCUAAAUGCAUCUCACAGAGCCAGCCAGGCAAACCGCUCUAAAUCUAACCAAGAACCACCAGUAAAGGUUAAGCUCACUGCACUCAGCAAAAGGAAAAAAAAGCUGGUCCAAAGGGCCAUGUCCCAGAGGAACAAAUCAUCCUCCUCAUCAAACAUAGCUACCCCUGCUCAGGUGGAGGGGGAGCAGAAGGUAUUUGUCUGCCUGUACUGUAGCAGGGAAUUCACAUUGUCCCGUAGCAGAACCAAACACAUGGCAGUCUGCCCCAAGAAACCUGAAGAGGGAAAGAAAAGGAAAGAUGGAGGGGUGUAUGUCACCAAGGAAAACAACGGCCACCUGCGUAGAGGCUCUACUCUCUUGGAGGAAAAACGACGAGCCUCAGCUCGGGAUCAUAAAGCCAGAGUCCAGCUCUCUGGUCCAGCUAAGAGGCCAGCCAUCCUUCCUGUGCAAUCAGUCGUUUCUAAUAAAACAAGCAAAAUCAUAAUAAAAGAGACUGUUCAGCCAAAACAGGAGACUCCCACACUCAAUGAAAUUCCUAUUCGCACAUUCAACCCUCCCAUGCGCCAGUAUAGUAGAAUGCAGCAUGGUGUCAAAGAAAUCCCCAUUAAAAUCACUAUAGUCAAACAACAACAGACUGAACUGGAGCCCAGGAAUGAUGAGGUCCCCCACAACCAGAGACAAGAAGAUGGAGCUGGUGUUGUUGCUAGCAAUUUGCAGUCGAGUGCCACAGGUUCAACAAAAGCCAAACUGAUGGCUACUGAGCAGCAAACGAGGGAUCAUCAGAUAACUUCUUGGAAUGCAGAUUGCAUGAUAAUAGAGGGUGUAAAUGGUGUCAGCGAGUAUCAGGAUGCAGAGAAAUCCUUGAACCAGAAUUCCUCGUAA